AUGGACCACCCCCACUGCCACUGGAACCAGUACAUCUCACAAUAUGGACCACCCCCACUGAACCAGUACAUAUCACAAUAUGGACCACCCUCACUGAACCAGUACAUCUCACAAUAUGGACCACCUCCACUGAACCAGUACAUCUCACAAUAUGGACCACCUCCACUGAACCAGUACAUCUCACAAUAUGGACCACCUCCACUGAACCAGUACAUCUCACAAUAUGGACCACCCCCACUGAACCAGUACAUCUCACAAUAUGGACCACCCCCACUGAACCAGUACAUCUCACAAUAUGGACCACUGCACAAAAUGGACAAAACCAGUAAAUCUCACAAUAUGGACCACCCAUCUCACAAUAUGGACCACCACUAA